UAAAUGGGGCGCAAAGGUCGGACCAGUGGUGUGUGAAAGUUCGCAAAGUCCAUCAGUUUUAGAAAAGUUGUCUACAACAAGUAAAAGGUACCUUCUAGACUUCACAACAUCAAGCUAGUGGUAGUUUCAUUAUGGCAAGAAACAAGCCAAAAUGUUUCCAGAUAUUGAUGGAUUUUGCCAAUUUGUUCAAGGCAUUCAUUGGAGUGAACUAUUUGUCCAUAGCGUUUGCAAUAAGUCAGAGUGGCAUUGCGCUUGGCAUCGUUGGAUUACUCCUGAUUUCCAUCGCAACAGUACAUUGUUGUCAUCUGAUCAUCAAAUGUAAAAGAGAACUUAUUAGACAGAUCAUAGAAGACAAUAUUUCCAAUGAACACCAAUCUCCUGAAACUCUUAUGAAGACAAGACACCUGCUAAAUACCACACUAGAGAAACGACUUUCUUAUGGAGAUAUAGCUUCAUUGUCUUUAGGGAAGGUUGGAAUAAUACUAGUCAAUGUUUCUCUAGUAGUUACACAGUUUGGAUUUUGUGUCAACUAUUUCAUAUUUCUUGGUAAUACAUUUCAAAAAAUGUUUCCUUAUCAUCUUCCAUAUAUUGCUGUUGAUAACAGCAGCACUACAUGGACAGCUCCACUCCCAAGCACUGUGCAUGUCAAUACUGAUAAAGUGGCGCUUUCAAUCACAAAUAGUUCAUCACCUUUAGUGAAUAUUUUACCAUACAGUUUUGUGUCUCAAAGCCCUGGCUACAUAAUCUUAGUGCUUUUACCACUGCCAAUUUUUAUACUGUUUGGAUAUUUGCGUAGUAUUCGUCAACUCGGUCCAGCAAGUGUCUUCGCUAACUUGUCUAGCCUUGUAGGCUAUGUUGCCAUGAUGGUUUACAUCUUAUCAGAUUUUUCAGUCAGUGAUACUAUCAGUUGGGCCCAAUUUUCGACGUUUCCUAUUUUCUUUGGACAAGUAACUGCAGCUUUUGAGGGUAUCGGGACGAUAGUUCCUAUUGAAUCUAGCAUGGGAGAAAACAGUCGCCUUUUUCCUCAUCUGUUAUACUUGGUUGUGCUGCUCUUUACAUGUGUCCUGGCAAGUCUUGGCUUUCUGAGCUAUUUACGCCUAGGAACAUCUACAGCUCAAGUCAUCAUUUGGAACCUUCAGCCCAAUAGCAUGCUUCAGUUGGUAGUCAGCCUGGUUGUAUGUAUAGGAGUUGUCUUCACCUUUCCUUUGCAGUGUUUUCCAAUUAUUGAGAUAUUUGAACAUCUCUUAUUUGCUCCAGGGAGGUUUUGUGGUCCGCUGAAGUUAAAUUCUUCCAAUAGCAAUAACAGUCAGGAUGAAGUAGAUACAGUGGAUGAUAGUGAUUUACGUGUAAAUACAGCGAUUACAGACUCUAAAGAGGAUGCAGAACUUUGUCAGCUCCUACAAGAUCCACAAGCUGCUAAAUGUCUGAGUAACCUUCCUGUGGCUCCUGAGAUACCGAAAUCAGUGUGGACAGUCAAGAGGAACAUUCUACGAACACUAAUUGUCUUAGCACAGCUAGGCACUGCAUAUGCUUUCAAAGAUGAGUUUGCUUAUAUCUCCUCAUUUACAGGAGCAAUUGGAAGCACCAUGAUUGCCUACAUUAUACCAGCUGUUAUACAUUUGAAGCUGAAGAGACAUGAUUUAGGAAUAAUGAUCAUCUGUAAAGAUAUCUUACUGAUUAUCUUUGGAUUGGUGGGAGGGGUAACUGGUGUCUAUACUUCUGUCAGAUCAAUUAUUGUGGAUUUCCAGUGAAGGUAUUGUGCAACCAAUACUUUGAGAUACAAGUCUUAUUGUGAGGUCAAGUUGAUGCUGAAUGUCCACACGAAUGUUGAUGACGUCGUUACAUAAUGUACUGUAGUUUGUUACUAUACCUGGUCAGUUUAUCUAUUUUAUGUUUUGGCAAGCAUUGUUUGUGUUACGUAUAUGCCUUGUGCACCUGAGUUGCCUAAUGUACAAACAUUUUUCAUUUGCAUGUGUUUUUGCCUUGUCGUAUACAGAGCUUUGGUCGAUAACUAAUCUUUGUUCGAACAAAACCAGUUUUCGUUCGAACAAAGUUUUGUUUUCCGUUCUAAAUCUGUGGUAUCUAAAUGUUUUUGAUAUUUUCAUCAUAUUAAAUGUUCAUUCUUUCCAAAAUCGAAAACAAAUUAAAUAUAUAUAUUGGGUCUGAGAAUUCAUCACUGCAAUAACCUAUCUUUCUGAAAGUUUGUAUAUACUCAGCGCCUUGAGUACCUUGUUUGGUAGAUACGUGCGCUAUAGGACUUCGAUGUUGUAUAUAAUAUCUAUAAUGUAUUUUUUUUUAAUUAUAAAUUGUCGAAAAUUUAGCCAUAAAACUUUAACAAGACACUUGCACUGUUUUUUUUAAAGAUCUUCCGCCACAUUCAGCGAUACUGCAUACACUAAUUACUUGAUGCAUAGAAUGUCACUCACAAAACGGAUGGGUAUGACGACUUUAGUGAAAUGAUAAUGGUUAUUAGGUGAGCACUAGGGUUAUGUAGAUUGGCGGUAAGUUGGUUGGGGGGGGGGGGCGGUAGCACUUCACAUGUUAGAGUGUGGAAACAGUACAGUAUGGGUGCCAUUUUCAGCAAUGGUCAUUUUCUGCACUUUAAGGUGUGGUAAAAAAGUUGCUAAAUCAAUGGCGUCUGGUGCACACAGAUCGAUUUGCCUAUCAUUGCACGUCACGUCAUCACGUGACCUUAGAUGGGUAUUACACGCAUCAACAACAAGGGUACUGCAUAUCAACGUUUGUUAAAAAGACAUGGUUAAUGUUGCAUUUGUUUGUUCAAUCAAGGCUUUUUUUCUUGAAAUCACGGAAGACAGUUCCACCAACUAGGAAAUUCUACGAUAAUGUUCACAUGCUGUCAAACCUUGGUAAUUUAAGGUAAUCUAACCAUACUCUUGUGGUAGAAUACUGGAUCCAUGUAACAGUAAAUGUGAUUUAAAUUAAUGUCACAAUAUUCAACUUUAUAAAAAGGGCUUCGUUUUGAGUGAAAAGUGUAUUUAUCGAAAAUACAGCCGAUUGUGGUCCAUCGGUAUGAGUCUUCCCAUGUCUUUACUGUGUAGCUGUGUUUUGUCUAUACCCAUAGGUCACGUGAUCACAUGUUAGCAUUGGCAGCGCAAUUGGUCUACUGUCACUGUGGUUAGUAAGUUGAGUUAUAUUAUAAAUGAAAUAUAAAAGCUUUGGCCUACCUCCAAUUACAAAUGUAUUUGUUUAUUCACUCUCUAGCUUGGUAGUCAAACUUAAUUAUUGGUUAAUCGUAAUUGUUUUUUAUAAGUAACUAUUUUCUGUGUAUUUCCAUAUGUUUUUUGAUUGGUUUGUAUACAAAUUAUUCAUUUUUAAUUAUUUAUUUGUUUGCCAUUAUACACUUUCGG